AUGAACACUCUAAGAGAUGAAAUCGAAAUCCUUAGGAUAAGUAACGAAAAUAGCUUAGGCAGAGAUUUCGUGCCCGAAGCCAAGCUGUUCAUCCUUCUGACCGAGGCCAAGAUUCGGGCAUGCCUCCGGGAAAUGAAUAUCGCAGAUCACGAGAGAGAAGAGCUGGUGCAUGCUAUUAUGUACGGAGCCCGGAGAUGCUUUUCAAUCCUACUCCUUCUCAAUGGCGGAGAGAGAAUUACUGGUUUCUUCAAACACGACCUGAUGCAGAAAUCCAACCCUGACGAUAGAUUUCCCUACACUACAGAGCCCCUCCAGCGAGCGCUUGGGAUUGACUCCUCUCCAGCUUUUAUCAAAAGAUUCAUGAAUAUCCAGUGGUGCUUCAUGGUACCAGUCCUGAGAUCACACUCUAUUCUACGGGAACUAGACAAAUCCACAGUAUUGCCGUAUGUCCGCGAAAAGCUACUCGGUUCCGGAGCCAUGGGUGAUGCCUAUCUAGUUGACCUCCAUCCUGAGUGUCACGAACUGCCUAUCAUCAAGCACCAGGAGCUCAAACAGAGCGCCGACGAAGGUAUUGAGUCCUUCAUGCGCGAACUUAAGAACGUCGCUCUUCUCGCACAUCUCAAACAUCCCAAUAUCGUCAAGCUCUACUGCUCCUAUGUUCAAGACAUGCCUUCAAGACGCUGCAACUUCAUCUUCGAAGUGGCAGAAGGGGGGUCUUUGGCAGGACUUCUUGACGGCCGUUAUGAAGGACCACAGCUCGAGGCCCAUCAGCUUCUAUGGGGGCUUGCAGACCUGGCAUCAGCUGUCGACGCUGUCCAUAACUUCGUUUCAGAUACAUUGGAUCUUGAGUUAACCGGCUGCCAUCAUGACCUGAAGCCCCAAAAUAUCCUCAUCCAAGGCGAGACACUGGUUCUAAUCGACUUUGGUCUUUCAACCUUCAGAAACCCCAACGAGGACUCUCUGACAUUGUUCAAAGAGACUAGAGGUUCUUAUAUCGCGCCGGAGUGCCAGAGCUCCAUUGAGGGACGUGUCAAGUCCCACAAAGUGGGUAGAGCAAGCGAUAUCUGGUCUUUUGGCUGCGUUCUGAGUGAAGUCUUUACGUUUCUUAUUUGUGGCUCUGCCGGGGUCCAACAGUUCCGCAACAAGCGAGUCAUCUUAUUUACACAGGGGAUCGAAUGGUCACGAUUUCACGUUGGACCAGGGAGGUCUAACCCAGCUGUCAGUCAGUGGCUUCGGUAUCUUGAGGAAAAAGGAUCCUAA